AUACCGCGACAUGAGUCCUUUACAUGUUCCGAUUUCAAUCAUUAUUCAGUGUCAAUGACAGUAGUUUACAGAUAAAUGCGAGACACAAAGUAAAACCGCUCACUUUGGMAGAUGAGCACAGUUGAUCCUAUGAUCCAUCUUUGCAAGUCACGAAAACAACCACGUUUGUAUAUUUGAUUGCUUCCCACCCGUAUGGACUGCCUUCUUUUGAGAGACCUGCCUGUCUGUGUCKUUAAACUAACAAGGACAGCGUAGAGGGCGGUGCUUUCUAAUUGGCUUUUUUCAAUCAGAUGCUUGAUUCGUUGACAAUAAAAUAUACCACUUGCUUAGCAUAACUAGAUAACACAAUUAAUUUGAAAAGAAAACUAAAAAGUAAACUUAUUGAAUCGAACACAAUGUAUUGAACAACAGCCUGGGCGUAGCAGGAAAAAGAUACUAUGAGAGAACAAAAACCYAGUGUUUUGGAUUUGUUAGAUUGUGCUUCACUCAAGGAUGACCUAAUCUAGCGUGUUGUUGCUUAAGUUUUUAGAACAAUACCUUGGUCUCUCUAAAGUGUUAAUUGCUCAGAGUUAGACUUUAAAUUCGAUUUUUUCGUCUCGUACACUGAUCAGACACUGAAUGACUUUGAUAACUUCACAACUGUUAAGUUUGAAGCGGCAAGAACAUCUUUAGCCAGUCUGCAGUAUAGUGCGGGUAAGAACAUCUUUAGCCAGUCUGCAGUAUAGUGCGGGUAAGAACAUCUUUAGCCAGUCUGCAGUAUAGUGCGGAUAGACCAUGCCUCACAAGUCAGUUUGCAUUCUCUUCAUUCUUCUUCUGGUAUGCACAGAGCAUAUGGCUUCCAGCAAAAGAUAUCGCAGAAAAAAGAAUACAGGAUCUUCUAUCAAAGCAAAUUAUGGGAUAAAGAUUUACUACCCUAAAAGACCAAAAUGGCCAUCACCACGAAUAAACGUCAACUGGGAGAGUAUCUACGAAUUGACAAAGAAACCCACAAAUCGCGUCCUGUGUAARAUAUUUUGUAGAAGUGGAUAUCACGUGCAAAUAUUAUCCAAUGGUGUAGUUCGUGGGACUGUCAAUCAGAGCAGUAAAUAUGUUGUAUUUGAGAUGCAGUCGUUUGGACCAAGUCUUGUCAAGAUAAAGAGUAUAGCAACUGGGCGAUAMCUCUCCAUGAAACGAGACGGGACUUUAAAAGCAACGCGUCACGCUAACACAAAGGAAACUAUUUUCAAAGAAACACAUGAGAUGAACGCGUUUCAUUCUUAUGCCUCCCACAAGUACUUUCGCGGCAAACCUCACGAUAUGUUGGUUGGAAUCAAACGAAAUGGUCAAGUGAAGAAAGCUACAAGAACCAAGCAUGGCAUGACCGCCACUCAAUUCCUUGUUAUAAAGGACUAGCACUAUUUAAAAGCGAUACAGCCUACGUUUAUCGUCCAAUAAUUACGCAACGCGCAGCCGGCAACGGCAUUAUAUUGUAUAUUCAUAUAUCAUAUAUUAUAUAAAUAUUAUACUCUAUAUUAGAGAAUUUUCAGAGAGUGAGACCAUAGGGCAAACGAGUAAGGUCGUCAGUUUUUGUUGGCUGUUGCAAGUACACACGUACCAAGUAAAACCUUGGUUAUUAUCCUUAUUUUCGAUCCAGCGAUAAAAUCACAUGAUAUUUCCCAUGAUGCAUAACGGUAUAUAUUAGCGGUUAGUACUGUAAUCAUAGCUAGAUAAAUAGAUAUAACUGCAUUAAUUAAAUACGCUAAAUCUGGGAAUAGAUCUCUACGUCACCGCACUGCGAAAGAACAUUAUUCAUGUCAGUUUUAUGCAGGAAGCGGGAUGGUGAAGUGCUAACGUUGAUUUAUGAAAGCAAUUAAUGGUAUUACAAUAGGAAGUGAUAUAGUAUUUUGUUUUUGAAGRAAAAUAAAAUCAAUUUUAUGGGCUGUAAAA